AUGGCAGGCCUUGAGCAGCAUCAGGACCAGCAGGUGGAGGAAAAGCCAGAGCUGGAUGAUGCAGAGCUGGCGUUACAGGGCAUCAGUAUGCUCCUCAACAACGGCUUCAAGGAAAGUGAUGAGCUCUUCAGAAGAUACAGGUCCCAAAGUCCACUGAUGAGCUUUGGAGCCAGUUUUGUGUCUUUUCUGAAUGCCAUGAUGACGUUUGAGGAGGAGAAGAUGCAGAUGGCCUGUGAUGACCUGCGCACCACUGAGAAGCUGUGUGAGAAUGAUGCUGCUGGCGUCAUCGAGACCAUCCGCAAUAAGAUCAAGAAGAGUAUGGACUCUCAGAGGUCGGGGAUGGCAGUGGUGGACAGGCUUCAGAGGCAGAUCAUUGUGGCUGACUGCCAGGUUUACCUCGCUGUGCUCUCUUUCAUCAAGCAGGAACUCUCAGCGUACAUUAAAGGAGGCUGGAUCCUCCGCAAAGCUUGGAAAAUGUACAAUAAGUGCUACAGCGACAUUAACCAGUUACAGGAAGCAUGUCGCAGACGCUCCUCUGAUCAGACCAACCACAACACGCCUGAGGCCGAGAGCCACGGCCGGCUGAUGGAGGAGGCUGUGGAACGCCUGAAAGGCUCCGUCAGUUUCGGCUACGGCCUUUUCCACCUCUGCAUCUCUAUGGUUCCUCCACACCUGCUGAAGAUAGUAAACUUGCUGGGAUUUCCUGGGGACCGGCACCAGGGUCUGGCAUCGCUUGCCUACGCCAGUGAGAGCAAAGACAUGAAAGCACCACUGGCCACACUGGCUCUCUUGUGGUACCAUACGGUGGUGCAGCCUUUCUUUGCUCUAGAUGGCGCUGAUUGCAGGGCAGGGCUGCUUGAAGCCAAGGCCAUCCUGCAGAAGAAAGCAGUGAUCUACCCCAACUCUUCUCUUUUUAUCUUCUUCAGAGGGCGGGUGCAGAGGUUAGAGUGCCAGAUCAACAGUGCACUAACGUCUUUCCACGAUGCCUUGGAGUUUGCAUCAGACCAAAGAGAGAUCCAGCAUGUGUGUCUCUAUGAAAUUGGGUGGUGCAGUAUGAUUGAGAUGAAUUUUGAAGACGCCUAUAGGGCAUUUGAGAGGCUAAAAAAUGAGUCGCGGUGGUCACAGUGCUACUAUGCGUACCUAACUGGAGUGUGCCAGGGUGCAUCUGGCGAUCUAGAGGGGGCACAUGCAGUUUUCAGAGAAAUACCAAAGCUCUUCAAACGCAAGAACAAUCAGAUUGAGCAGUUUGCAUACAGAAGGGCUGAAAGACUACGGAAGGUUUAUGCCACACAGGAGCUUUGCAUUCUGGGAGUUGUAGAGGUGCUAUAUCUCUGGAAGGCUCUUCAAAACUGCUCGUCCUCCAAACUGCAACUCAUGAGCCAAGUUCUGCACGGUGUGGAUGAUCCAUCCUGCCAGGGAUUAAAACACCUGCUCAUCGGUGCUAUUCAGAAAUGUCUUGGUAACAUUAAAGAUGCAGUCCAGUCUUAUCAGAUGGCAGCCAGGGAUGAGCUGGGACGACUGAACAACUCUUACGUCCAGCCGUUCUCCUACUAUGAGUUAGGCUGUGUGUUACUGAGUAAACCUGAGACUGUAGGUAAAGGCAGAUCGUUGUUGCUUCAGGCAAAGGACAACUGUACAGGAUACGACUUUGAGAACAGACUGCACGUACGAAUCCACUCGGCCCUGGCCUCUGUAAAGGAGGUGGUGCCGCUGUGACCCAAACCAUCCCAGGAAGUGCAUUAUACAUGGAACACUCCUAUCUGGCACCUUUUAAAUGCAAGCCAUCUGAAAAUUUAAUUUUUUCUUUAUUUUUAAAGAGAAUUUAGAGAAUAUGAGUUUCCCUUCAUCCCUUUAUUUAAGUGACUGUUAAGUAAGGAUUUCGUUUUGUUAUUUAACCAACUGCAUUCAUUUUCCUUAUGGCUUCUGUAU